GCACAGCAAAGAUGACAGAUCCUCUCAAAUUAUUCUCAGAAAUAACUUGUGAAAAAAUAUUUUCAUAUUUAUCAGUAGCAGACCUGCUUAAUUGUUCAUUAGUCAACAAGAAUUACUAUGAAUUCAUUGCCAAAACACCAAGCUUUAUGAGACGACUGAAGAUUAGCUUAACAUUACACAACACUUUACUUUCUGAUGACUUCCAAAAUUUGAGCAUCUUAAAUGAAUCACAAAGGCAGUAUCAACAUUUUGAGAGCUUCAACUUGUCAAUUGACUUCAACAGUGUCUAUGUUUUAAGAAAGAAAUUAAAAAGCAUUAAAAUGAGGAGAGUAUUACUGCAUGACGAAAGCGAAUUGAAAAUAUUUUUCAGUGGAAUCGAGGAAACUAUUGAGGAACUGAUCCUUGAACGAUAUAUUGACAAUCUGGAAUUAAAAGUUAGUGAUAAUCCUGCUAUUUCCUGUUCAUUCCCAAAAUUAAAGCAUUUAGAACUUCAUUAUAUUCCAAAUUUUAUAUUUAAAUACUUUACGACCUGUAAAAAUCUUACGGAACUAAAAAUAACAGGAAAGCGAGAUGUCAAUUUCUAUAACAUUUUGCGACAUAAUCCUCAAUUAAAGAAAUUAGCAAUUGUAACUGAUGAGAUUGAUAAUUAUUUUGAUGAAGACGUGACCAAAUUCAUUCAGUGCAAGUUGACAUAUUUUGAGGCACGUGAUAUUUACAAUUUAACGGCUAGAUGUAUCGAAAAUUUUGAGUUAUUAUUAGAGAAGCAAAUAAAUUACCUAGAAGAGAUUGACCUGGGAGAUUGGAUAGCUGUCGAUAUAGUCAAAAUGAUAUUUCACAUGCCACGAUUAAAGAAGCUGACAUUUAAAGGAUUUCACAAUGUUGAGGAACACGUUAGAAUGAAUGAGAUUGAUUUCCACAGAAGCCAGUCAAUUACAACUCUUAACUUGAUCGAUACAUUCUCAAAACCUGCUAUUUUGCAAGCAUUUAUUCAAGCAUGUCCAAACGUCACUCGCCUUAAACUUUAUUCAUUGAAAAAGGAAUCUUUAAGUUAUUUAACUCAAGCGCUUCCAAAUCUACAAGUAUUGUCUGUAGAUCUAUUAGAGAUUAAGGAAUUCAAUAAUGAAUGUGAUUUUGUGUAUCUAAAAGAAUUUAAAAUGAAGGUUUAUCAUCGAGGACUGCAAUUUUCUGAAGCUUUAAAUAAUAACUUUGAGAAUUUAGUCAAAAAGGAAGUGGAGAGUCUUGAGAAUAUGAAUAAAGUUACUUUUGUUAACUGAUUUGUGUACUGAAC